GAGAAAAAUUUUCUCAAAUGAAUAGUUAGUCGCUAAAGCGAGUCGGAUCGUUAAUUAAUCAGUAAAAUGAAUAACGAGUUCGAUUCGAAAGUCGGUUGUCAAAAUAAUUAAGUCCUUGUUGGAUCUAUAGUCAUUGGUCAACGUGAGAACGAAAUUGUUUUAACUGCCUAGAACGUGCUAGAACGCUGAAUUCGCUGAACUCAGCGAUUUUGAUGGCGUUAUAAGAUAAUUAAAUAUUUAAAUUGAACAUAAACUUUUCUUAUUACCCUAUAUUAAGUUUUAUGAUCAAUUUUUAAGUUCACCUAUUCAGUCGUUUUAUUUUAAGGCGGCGUAUGUAGUGUGUGUACGAUUGAUGAUCACGUUGAAUCAUCGGAAGUAAUUGACAAUCAGAAUUCUUUGAAGGCACGAGAUAAAGCAUUAUGUGCGCGAAAAUGGCUUUUCAGCAUCAGGCUGGUACUGCUAUGGAAUGUUUAAGCAUACCUAUCACUUUACACAAGGAAACAGAAGUUGAUGAAAAUGGUGGGGAAGUAACAAAAUGUGGUUUUAAAAUUGCUGGUGGAAUUGAUCAAGAUUUCAGGAGAAGCCCGCAAGGCUAUACAGAUAAUGGUAUAUAUAUAACUGAAGUACAUGAAGGAUCAGCAGCAGCAAAGAGCGGUCUCCGUAUGCAUGAUAAAAUUUUACAAUGCAAUGGAUAUGACUUUACAAUGGUAACUCAUAAAAAGGCAGUAGCAUAUAUUAUGAAACAUCCAGUAUUAAAUCUAUUAGUAGCCCGCAAAGGAGUAACCAGUACUUAACACGUUAAACGCCAAGCCUAUUUUGCUUGGCGUUCCGUUCACGCCGCACUCUGCCGUCAAGUUGAGAAGGCCAUGUGUGAUGCGCGAGCUAACAACAUAAGAUAAGGAAACGAAAAACGAGGCUGAACAAUGCCGAACAAUGCUAAACAAUGCACGCGCGGCGGUGUCGCAUAAUCCUAAAGUCCACGGCCCAAGUCAACCCUAAAGGACGCGGCGUAAACGGAAAGUCUAAGGUGAUGCUUAACGUGUUAAUUACCAAAUGAGUUGUCUAUUUGGUCUAAGGAAAAGUAUUUAUUUCAUUCUAUAUGUUAAGAAAGUCAAUUUAUUCUAACUAUAUGUCUACCAAAUAUUGUAUUAGAUUAUCAUCAAUAGUAAAGUAUUUUUCAGUUAAUUUUACACGCGCAAGGAAAUAAAAUUUUUAUGAUUUUAUUUUAUGAAGUAUGUCAGCAACGGGUGUUAAAAAUUUCAGUUGAAAUAGAGACACAAUGUUAACUCGUACAUUUACUUUGCAAACAUAGUGUCUAUUUCUGAUCGCAGUAGAAAUAGAGUAUUAAAACAGUAAAUUAAUAUAUACGUGUAUAAAAGCCCUGUUAUGGUUCAUUAUUGUUAAUAAGGAUAAUGUAUGUAAGUGUUUUUUUAAUAAUUCGUGAUAACUAAUAACUCAGAUAACCAUGUAUGAUUGUGCUUAAAAAACAUGCAAAUUCUAUAACGUCUGUUGUAUAUCAAAAUUUUCAUCAAUAUUACUUGUGCCAAACGCUACAUAGAAUCUAUAUGAAUAUUUCUCAUCAUUAUGUAUGUAUUUACAUACAAAAAAACGAGUUCCAUAAGCAAAUCUGUUUACAUGAAAAACUUAGAAGUAUUUCUUAAUUGAUUCGAAUUAAAGAAAUAAUUAUAUGGAUAAAAGUCAAGAUAUUUUAAUUCUUCAAGUAUUUCUGUAUUGUAAAAUAUAAUGAAAAUGCAAAUGGAAGUUACACUAGUUUAGAUACACGACAUACUUUUUACAAAAUUUUCUAUCGCAAAUAUAUCAGCAUGCUAUCAUAAAUAUUUGUACGAAACAAUUAUACAAUAAACAUUGUUUCAAUACUUUUAAUAAGUAAACAUAAUUUACACAAAUAAGUAUUGAGAUACAUUGAACUACUGCAUUUAAGGGCAUUUUGAGAAGUUUUAUUAAAGUGAAAUGAAAGUCAUUGAGACUGUACACUUUAAGACCAAUAGAAGUAUUAAAUUUUGUAUUUUAUAACUUUUUACUUUAUCCAGUGCAUUUGUACAAGUUCUAAUGAAUAAGAAAAACAAAUUUGUAUUUCCUGUAACAUGUAUGACUUUCUUUUAUAUCCUGAAAUGUCUAACAUAAUCAUAAUUGAAAUAUCAAAUCAAUUCAUAAGAGAUAGUUGUGAUAUAUUAAAAUAUAUCACAAUUUUAUAGCUAGUCUACUAACAGGAGGAAAGUUAAAUAAAAUUGUAAACUAUAAACUAUUAUGUGUGCAACCAAUAUGUAUGCACUUAGUACUUUAAGAUUUUUGUGUAAAAUUUCGGUGUGACGAAUUACAUGCAUUAGUUCUACUGAUACAAAAAAUUAUGUUAUUUAUUAUCAAAAAGAUGAGUCAUAUAGC